CCCUUUUCCGUGCAGGUAUUUGGCCAUUCGAUACCCCCUGCACUCGAGGGAGCUGCGGACACCCAGGAACGCCCUCAUGGCCAUCUGCUUCAUCUGGGGGCUGUCCUUCAUCUUCUCAGGCCCUUACCUCAGCUACUACCAGGAGUUCCAGUUGGCCAAUCUGACCGUUUGCCACCCCAUCUGGGAGAUCUCCCAGCGCAAGGUCAUGGACAUCUGCACCUUCAUCUUCAGCUACAUCAUCCCAGUGCUGAUCCUGAGCCUCACUUACGUGCGGACUAUUCGCUACCUGUGGAAGUCCGUGGACCCCCUCCAAGACAUGUCAGAGUCCAAGAAGGCCAAGCGAAAGGUCACCAGGAUGAUCAUCAUUGUAGCUGUCCUGUUCUGCCUUUGUUGGCUGCCCCAUCACCUGGUCAUCCUCUAUGUCUGGUUCGGGUACUUCCCCCUCAAUCACGUUACGUACGUGCUUCGCAUCCUCUCACAUCUCAUCUCCUACGCCAACUCCUGCGUGAACCCCAUCGUCUACGCCCUGGUCUCCAAACACUUCCGCAAGGGCUUCAAGAAGAUCUUCAUCUGCCUCUUGCACAAGAAGGCAGCCAACAAGGUGCACGUGGCCCAAGCGACGAACACCGUCAGCACGCUGGAGGCAGAGCUCAGCGAGGUGACCCAUGUCACUGAAGCCCUGCCUGGUCGCUCCUCCCUGUGCUGUAAGGUGCCAGCCCAGCCCUGGGGGGAGGCAGAGCCAGUGGGACAUCAGCAGAAAGUGGAUGGCUCCUUCAUCACCUUCAACCUUACUUAGC